UACUAGAAGCUUGCCAUGGGGAUCAUUGUCUCUGGUCACAUUUCUGUUAUUACAGUCCAUGGUUCACUUGUCCUCUGCCUGCUCCGUGGAGGAGAGGGCUGUCCUGAUGGACAUCCGGUCUUCACUGAGGAGAGCACACUCCCUGGUUUCACCUGAUUUAUGGGGGCACGAUGAUGAUGAAUGCUGCUCGUGGAAGACUGUGACAUGCAACAAUACCACCCAACGAGUGACUCAUCUUGACCUUUCCUCAGUAUAUGCAUCAGAUGUAGGUGAUCGUUGGUAUUUAAACUUGUCGGUGUUUUCUGCAUUCCACGAGCUUCAGUCCCUAGAUCUAUCACUCAAUUUUCCCUGUUCGCUAAGCUUUGAGGGAUUGAUUGGACUACCCAGGCUUCGAUACCUUGACCUCAGUCUCACUUCGCUUGGAGGGGGUUCCCUGGAAUUUAUCGGGGCAUGUGUUUCACUGGAAGUCUUAGCUCUCAACAACAACAACAUUACUGGAGGUUUUCAAGAUGCAGCUUUCAAUAAUCUUAGAAACUUGCGACAAUUGAGUAUGUCUAUGAAUAGACUCCACGGAAACCUCCCGGCAUCUCUAUUUGCACUUCCUCACCUAAAAAUCCUAGAUCUCUCAGAGAAUAUCUUCGAUGGGCAUAUUCCACUUAGUUCGUCAUCACGACCAAUUUCCCUGGAAGUAUUAGAUCUCAGCGAUAAUCACCUCACUGGAAUUAUCCCGAUUACAGCUUUUAAGAACAUCAGGAACUUGAAUAUGGGUAGCAAUCUAUUCAGUGGAUCUCUCCCUGUGUCAAUACUUGAACUUCCUCAUCUGAAGUUCCUAGAUCUCUCAUACAAUCAUUUUGAGGGAGGUUUUCCUAUUAAGUUUUCUUUGGAACAAGUUCCACUUGAAGCCUUACAUCUCGAUGGUAAUAACAUGAGUGGACCUCUUCCGACUGAACAAGCAUUUGAAAAUCUCCGGAACCUACGGCAGUUGUAUUUGAGUUCCAACCAAUUCAGCGGAAACAUUCCAACAUUAGCAUUUCAAAAUCUCCAGAACCUGCGAGAAUUGUCUUUGAGUUCCAAUCAAUUCAUUGGAAACAUUCCAUCAUUAUUGUUUUCUCUACCACAUAUUGAACUGUUGGAUCUCUCAUCAAACUUCUUCAGCGGACCAAUUCCUAUAAAUCAAUCUCCGAAUCUUUCACUGUCACUUAAGAGUCUUCGAUUGUCCCAAAACAAAUUGAGUGGUAGAUUUUCUUUCAUUUGGCUUGGAGACCUCAUAAAACUAGAAGAGAUAGACCUUUCAGGCAAUGCUAACCUAGUUGUCCAUGUCAAUAUUCCUGGAUGGACACCCCCUUUCCAACUGAAACAGUUAUUGCUCUCUGGUUGUGACCUUGACAAGAGCAUUAUUGCGGAACCACAUUUUUUAGACACACAGCGUCAUUUAGAGGUGCUUGAUUUGUCCAAUAAUAACUUGUCAGUUAGCAUGCCGAAUUGGUUGUUUACAAAGGAAGCAACACUACAGGAACUAUAUCUUGGAAAUAACUCGCUAACUGGAUCGCUAGACCCAAUAUGGCACACCCAGUCUUUUCUCCAGGUUAUCAACUUACACAUGAACCAUGUCACAGGACAGCUGCCAGUCAACAUCAGUUUAAUGUUUCCAAGGUUGCUGAUUCUGGAUGUUUCUAGUAACAACUUCUUUGGGCACAUACCAACUUCAUUGUGCGGGAUCAACUUCAUGACGUUUUUAGACCUAUCAAACAACAAUUUUUCUGGGGAAGUUCCAGCUUGUGUGUUCACUAAUUAUCCCAUGCUAGUGAGCUUAAAGGUCUCAAACAAUAAGCUUGGUGGUCUGAUUUUCGGUGGAAUGAAUAACCUGUCCAUUACGUCGGAACUGUACCUGGAUGGUAACAAAUUCGAAGGGACGGUGCCUCGUGAUCUGUCAGGAGGGACUUUAAUGGUUAUUGAUUUGCAUGACAACGAGUUAUCUGGCAAACUUGAUAUGUCAUUAUGGAAUAUGUCUUCCUUGAAAGUCCUGAAUCUUGCUUGCAAUCAUAUAACUGGCAAAAUUCAUCCACAAAUUUGCAGCUUUACCAGACUUGAACUUUUAGAUAUAUCGAGCAACAAUCUUACAGGGUCGGUACCGAACUGUAGCUGCAUGUUGCUCCAUUUUCUUAACCUGUCUGGGAAUUCCUUAUCUAGCCAUAUUUCCUAUCCCUUCUUCAACAUAUCAAGUCUGAUUGCCUUGGAUAUCAGAAACAAUCAGUUUGCAGGCAACCUCCAUUGGAUAUGUUAUCUUGAUAACAUUAGGCUGCUUUCCUUGGGCGGAAAUAAGUUUGAAGGGCAGGUCACUCCAAACUUGUGUGAACUCUUGCACUUGAGGAUAAUUGACUUGUCUCAUAACAAGCUUUCAGGUUCAUUACCCUCAUGUAUUGGUAAUUUCUUUUUCAAAGGUGACAGGGGCGAUCAAAUUUUCCAGGUAGUAUUAACGAGUUUACCGUACUCACUUAAGCCAUAUGACAAUCCUUAUGGCUUGAGAGGUUUUAGCUUUACUACCAAAGGGAAUAUGUACACAUAUGGUCGAAGUUUCUUUGUUUCAAUGUCCGGCAUCGACCUAUCUGCGAAUAUGCUGCAUGGAGAAAUUCCUUGGGAGUUAGGAAACAUGAGCCAUAUCAAAUCCCUUAACUUGUCAUACAAUUUCUUUGUUGGCCCGAUCCCAGAGACCUUUGGCGGCAUGGAGGAGAUUGAAAGCUUGGACCUCUCACACAAUGAGCUGAGUGGACCAAUACCUUGGCAGCUAGUGCGGUUAUGUUCAUUGGGGGUGUUCUCUGUGGCAUACAACAACUUGUCAGGAUGCAUACCGAACUCUGGUCAGCUUGGCUCAUUCGGCAUGGAGAGCUACCUAGCCAACACCAACCUUCACCAGAUUACGCAGGGGAACAUGUGCACUCCCAGCCUAGACCCCAUAGCGGAGGAAGAUGUGUGUGAGAUGUUUGGUGACCCAAUCCUAUACAUGGUCAUGGCUGCCGGGUUUAUUUUGGCAUUUUGGGCCACUGUUGCUUUUUCAUUAUUCCAUCCGUACGGGACGUCUGUAAUGUUCAAGCUGUAGUCGGUCCUGAGGAAAAAUCGUUAGUCACAAAUGUACUUUAUGUGUACGUAUACACCCAAGAACUUCCCGAAAUUUCAUUCUGGGUAUGUAAUAUUAACAAUAAACAAUGGA